UUCAUCGCGUUCUGGUCAUGGUAAGUCUCCACAUCCCUUUCGGCUCCACACAUGCUGACUCUUCCAGGUACGCGUUCCCGCCUCUGGUAUGAUGACCCACACCCCCAACCAAUCAUCGUGUACUCACAUGUGUACAGCUCAGUAUCAGUAUCAAGAAGGAUAUGCACCUGUCGCAGAAUGAGGUCGCCAACUCUAACAUCAUUGCGCUGACCGCGACACUGCUCGUGCGAGCGAUCGCUGGUCCCAUGUGCGAUCACGUGGGCCCUCGCAAGACCUUUGCUGCCCUGCUCUUCAUGGGUGCUAUUCCCACUGCGCUUGCGGGUACUGCAAAGAAUGCCAUGGGUCUGUACUUCAUUCGCUUCUUUGUCGGUAUCCUCGGCGGCACCUUUGUUCCUUGCCAGGUGUGGACCACCGGCUUCUUCGACAGGAACAUUGUCGGCACUGCCAACGCCCUUGUCGGCGGCUGGGGUAACUCUGGUGGUGGCAUUACCUACUUCGUUAUGCCUGCUAUCUACGAUUCGCUUCGCAAUGAUCGUGGCUUGACUUCUCACGUCGCAUGGCGCGUGUCUUUCAUUGUUCCGUUCAUCCUUAUUACCAUCACUGCGACUGGUCUCCUCCUCCUCACUGACGAUACACCCACUGGCUCCUGGGCCGACCGUGGUGCUGUGGUCGUCCAUGGUUCCCAACAAGCCAACGUCGUUGCCACCACCGGCGGCAUCAUGGACAAGCCUGCGGCAGUGACUGGAUCCAUCAGCUCAUCUGAUGAGAAGAAGCCUGCUCCUGAGCGCGAUGUUGAGUCCGGCUCCACCUCUGAGGACGGCCAGAUGAUCGACGAAGUCCAGCACGAAGUCAUCGUGAAGCCAACUCUCAAGGAGGCCAUGAAGAUUAUCGUCUCGCCACAAACAAUCAUGCUGUGUGCUGGAUACUUCUGCUCGUUCGGUGGUGAGCUUGCUAUCAACUCCGUCCUUGGUUCCUACUACCUCAAGAACUUCCCCACCCUCGGUCAGACCCAGUCUGGUCGCUGGGCAGCCAUGUUCGGUCUCCUCAACGUCAUCACCCGCCCGCUCGGUGGCUUCAUUGGCGACUUGAUCUACAAGUACACCAACGGCAGCCUGUGGGCAAAGAAGUUCUGGAUUCACUUUGUCGGCGUCAUGAGCGGCAUUUUUAUGAUUGUCAUCGGCCAGCUCGACCCUCACAACCUCGACACCAUGAUCGGCCUCAUUGCACUCAUGGCCAUCUUCAUGGAGGCCGGCAACGGCGCCAACUUCGCGCUCGUGCCUCACAUCCACCCCCACGCCAACGGUAUCCUGUCUGGCAUUGUCGGUGCGACCGGUAACUUUGGCGGCAUCAUCUUUGCCAUCAUCUUCCGCUACCACCCGGGCCAGUACGCGCGCGUUUUCUGGAUCAUGGGCUGCAUGAUCAUCGCGCUCAACCUCUGCUUGUCGUGGGUCAGGCCGAUUCCCAAGGGCCAGAUUGGUGGUCGCUAGGCACCGUUGAUGUUGAAUACUUUCUGCCUUGUUAUUAGCGCUUGUUUCGAGAUACCUUAUAUUACAAAAUUGCGAUAGAUGCAAUUCGGAUACAAUGAACACAUUUCUGCCACCCA